GAAUUGUCCCGCUCUUCAUAAAUCUAUCCGUUAACCCUCUCUCUCUCUCUCUCUCUCUCUCUCUCUCUCUCUUCUGCAACUUCCGUUGAAGAAGAAGAGAAAGAAUACCAAGAAAUAGAAAAAUAAAUAAAAAAGAUUGAAGAUUUUUCAAAAGAAGAGGAAAAAGUUGGGAAAUGGGGAAACUACUAUGCGAUUCGACUACGGUUGCCGAGACAUUUCAAAGCUCCUCGCCGACGGUUCCCUGGAGGGACCCACCCAAGGCGUCGCCACUGGACGAGGACGCAAUCUCGGCCGUAGAUCUCGUUGACCAGUCAACGGCCGACGUCGCAUGGGACAGCGUGGUGGGCCUCGAGGAGCAGCAGAGACGGCACCUCCAGAGGCUGCACACGAAGGGCGUGCUGUGGAAGCACCCAGAGGAUCAAGACUCGUCCGAGUCCGACUCGGACUCGUUAAUGCCACAGAAGUCGAUGGUCUUCAGACUGUCGCACGGGGGCGAGGUGUCGUCGGACGGGAAUUGCCUGUUCACGGCGUCGCAGAAGGCGAUGAGGGCGGCGCGUGAGGUGGACGCGCGGGAGUUGAGGAGGCGGACGGUCCGGAGAUUCAAGGAAGACUACGGAUCUGCGGCCGGGGAGGAGAAGCGCGUGAUAGACGACGCGAUUCGGCAUAUGUACGCGCCUGAUCUGAGGGCUGGGUGGGGGAUACAUUUGAUUCAGGAGUUCAAGUUGUUGGCCAAGAAAGACGAGCGCGUGAGUCUUGAUUCUGCCAUCGAUGAGCUUCUUCAGCUCGGCAUGCAGAGAGAGCUGGCAGCAGAGUCUAUUUACAAAGAAAGAUGUAUCCCAGUGAAUGAUGGAGCGAGUUGGGCGAAAUACAUGUCGACCUCUGGUUCUACCCAUGAUGAAUAUGAUAUCAUCACAUUGCAGUACACAGAGGAAGGUUUAUUAUCCAUUGAUGAAAACAGAGAAGGUCAUGCCGCGGCUUUUGGAGAUGAUAUCGCAAUAGAGUGUCUUGCCACAGAGUUUAAGCGAGAAAUAUAUGUGGUUCAAGCACAUGGAUCGGAUGCAAUGGUUGAUGAAGAAAAUUGUGUUUUCUUCCUUCCACAUCGACCCAGGAGUCAAAUUUGUGAACCUCCUUUCUUUCUUUUCAUGAAAGGAACAGGUUGGUGUGGUGCCGGAGCUGAUCACUAUGAACCCCUCAUCGCCCAUCCUCUGUCAUUAAUUUCCCAGGAGAAGGUUGCUGUGGUACUCUGAUGAAAGGGAGGGCAUCAUGUCCUGCAGUUUUGUGGCUUUAGAGAGAUUGAGUAGAAGUAGUUGUUCUAUUUAUUCGUUCCCUUAGUGCUUGGCAUGCAAUCUAAGUCACCUGAUUCUUCUCUGGAUCAUCACCACAAGGAGAAUUUGAUUGCAUAGCAUUCAUUUUUUGUUAGCUAGAAUCGGUUAUCUGACUCCAACUAGCAGGCUUCGUUUUCCUGCACUUGAGCUACCCUAUAGUAGUAUUUGCAGUGGUUUUACCAGCUUUUGUUAUUGUUGUUGUAGUUGAGUUUUUUGGAGGGUGCAUAUAUUGCCAGGCGCUAUUUCGUCCAAGCUGAAAUGGUGCCUUUCUGUUGUAUCUUAAGCUGGCUUUUAUCAUUUGAAUGAAAGAAUUGACUCCCAUUUGUUCUCU